AUGCAGGCCCCGGCGGCAGGACCGGAAAAGGUCCUCUACGAAACGUUCUCCGUCUGCCCUCUGUGCGCUCUCAUUGAUCGCAACGGCGUGGAAUGGCAGCCGGCCUCGGUGGUGAAGCGCCUCGCCACGAAGCAGGUGUGGCUCAUUGUACACUCUUCUCCGCUUCUUCUGCGGAAGGACCAUUGGGCGGCACUCACCCGGCUCACAUCGGUGGUUACAUUCGCCCACAACAGUUGUAAGGAGCACGGCGAUCAGGAGACGCACUACUGCUCCAACUCCAAGUUCUUCAAGGACGCCAUGUCCUACGCUACACCGCCCAAAGUCCCAGAAAAGAGUGUGGCCGACAUCGAGGAUUUUCAGGCCAAGAUCAACACCAACCCCACCGCGGAGAACUUCCCUCUUUUGGAGCUCGCGCUGUUCCAAGACAAGGCGCUCCUCUCCGAUGAAGCGAUCGAAAAGGAGAUCCUCCGCUUGCAGUCCCUCUACCCGCCGGGGCACAAGGCACGUCUUGCCCGCUCCCCCCCGGGUCAUUUUGUGCUCAAAAUAUUGGGCAAGCUCACCACGGACAUGGAAGCCCUGAACGCCAAGGUCCACUUUGUCGAAAAGCUGUUGCCAGCAACGCCCAUCUUGAUCGAGGUGUCCUACGAACGGCUGAUGCUGUUGUGUCGGCUGCCCGACUCCAUUUUCCUCCGUCCGUGGGUGUAUCCCGCGCUCAAGUACUUCCUCCGAAGGGGCGACGAGGAGCUGUGCCGGCAGGAGAUUGCCAAGCUCGUCUAUUCCAUCCAAGAAUUCUCCGGCAUCCAGCUGGUGAUCACGCUCUCCGUGAGCCGCCCGUUCCCAUUCAUGAAUGAACUCUUGGCCAUCUUGAGGAAAGAGUGUAAUCUCAUCCGAUUCGUGAUUAUUUCGCUGGAGCGGCCGCCCAAGCAGAUCCUCAGCUCGGCGCAGCUCAAGGCGAGGAACAGGAACCGAUCCCUCGCCCAGGACUCCGCCCAGUCCCCCGGGACAGCCCCACCCGCCGAGCAACCUGUCGACCUGUCGACAACGGAAGCGCAGAAGGAGGAGCAGCCGGUCACGAUAGAGCCCGAGGCGCUGAGGAAGAUCUCUGUAUCGUCCGGAGCCAAGGGCAAGGUGGAGAUGAUCAAGGAGAUCAAGGAGGUCGGCGUCCGGCUCCGAUGGCGAUUCAAGACGCAGGACAACGACAUCGCCUUCGGCGUGGUCUUCACCGAGGCGGGCAAACCUGACGACGCCAUCGGUCAAGUGCUGGUGAAGCGACCAGGCGUGUAUAGACUCCGGUGGGACAACUCGUACUCGCUCCUGCGAAAGAAGAUCCUCUACGUUUCCACCAGCAUCGAGCCGUUCAGCCCACAGCCGGCUGGCCCGUCGGUGGUCCUUUCACCUGCCGAGGAGUUGAUUUCGCUGGACACGCUCGACCCGUACGAGCUGCUGCAGGCCAUCGAGGCGGCCACCGAGGGCGCCAUCACCACCGCAGACUUCUUCCCGAUGAAGGUGGGCCAGGUGUUCGAGCCAUUCUUUGGCGCGCUGGGCUACGGCAAGUUCACAAUUCAACCUUCGCCCUUCUGCGGGUUUGCGACGUGCUUGCUGAAUAUGGAGGACGUGGGCAUCACGUCGACGCCGAUCUCGCGCUUCGUCAACUUCAAACAGUUCUACUUUGACAUGCUGCCCCACCUCAAGGAACUCGAGAAGCAGAACCUCGUCACCAGCCUUCUUGCCGCCCGCACCAUCAAGAAGAUAAUCAAGAAGUGCACCCUCAAGUCGGUCGAGCUGCCCGACAUUGUGUCCUACUUUACCGACACCUCGAAGGCGGCCAUCACGCAGAAGUUCAUCCACAAGACCCAGUUCAUCAUCGUGCACAAUACGAUGGACAUUGCGGCGCUCGACAUGCGGCGGCGGUGCAACUGUACCGUCGCAACGAGCUACCCCUCGGCGCCCAACAAGGUGGGACUCGCCGCCUCAUGCACCGGCUGCAUCUGA